AUGAUUCGUCAACUUCAACUGAUGUUAUGCAUCUUAUGUUUCUCCCAUAAUCAAUAUGUAGUACAAGCAACUAUAUACUCAUGCAACACGGCAGCUCCAUGUGGUUGUUCAAAAACUCCAGUCAAUAUUAACGCUAGAAUUUUUGGUGGUGAAAUAGCUGCUAGUCAUAGUUGGGGUUGGUCUGUUUCAUUACGUAAGUCAGACAUCGGACACUUUUGUGGUGGUUCGAUUCUUUCUCCAAGCUAUGUGCUUACAGCAGCAACUUGUGUCUAUAAAAUUAAUCUUACAACAACAGAAUUAACAGUUGUUGUUGGUACAGACAAUCUCGAUGAUAAUAUUGGACAGAGAUCAGCUGUGUCAGAAAUUUAUGUACAUCCAAAAUGGAACCAACAAUGGCAUCCAACAUGGAAUUCAACUAAAUUCGAAAAUGAUAUUGCUAUUCUUAAAUUGAAAGAAGCAAUCUCUUUUGACGACGAUAACAUUGCUAAACUUUGUCUACCAUCUUCAUAUGACACUAUAGAAACUGAUUUUCCAUUGAUAAACUCACAACUUGUAGCUGUUGGUUGGGGUGAGACAGAGUUAGAUCCAUGUCAAGGUGAUUCAGGUGGUCCAUUGAUGUAUUACUCUGAUAUUUAUAAACAAUGGAUGAUAGCAGGAAUAACAUCUUUCCUUACUGCAUGUGAAACGUCUGCAUUCGCUAGUGUUUAUACUCGAGUUACUAUGUAUAUCGAUUGGAUUAAAUCAGUUGUUGGCAACGAUAACGUGGUGAUAGCCGGAGAAAACACUGCUACUUUUAGUACUAUACCAACUACAUUAGCUAUGUCAACUACGUCAACUAUGUCCAAUAUGUCCAAUAUGUCCGUUAUACCGACUUUGUCAACGAUGUUUUGUAUUGCAACACUUUUAUUUAUAUAUAUAAUGCGUUCUUUUUGA